AUGAGUUUAGGCCCUCAACAGCACGAACGACAUGAGCAGCAGAUCACCGUGCUGGGUCGAGAGAUUCUGGAGCAUACGCAUGCAGAUUGGCUCAGCUUUGCAGAUGCUGCGCUGGCUGAAAGAGCGAGACUGGCUAGCAAAGAGGCGCGCCACCCGAAGCCGGCCAGGGAGCUUUUUGAUGGCUGGGCGGCGGCCGAACGCGCCACCCUACGCACCAACAACUUCCAUCGUGCCUUGACUGGCAACGUGGGCCAGCUCCAAGUAUUGCAGCAGUACCUCAAACUCGUCAAGUACGGGAAGAGAGGUCUCAAAGGUGUUCUCGAAGCCCCGCAGGAGGCCGGCGUCCCAAUGAAGGGUCGCUGCUUAUGCUAA